GUGAGCUCUGCGAGAUAUGUUUCAGCAGUGAUGAGCCGGAUGAGAUGUGAAAACAGCUAAAUAACGGUCCUCCGCCGACUUUUAAAAUUGCAAAACGACAGUUAAAGCCAGAAAAAGACCCAGGCGAAGCCGGCGAUAUGAUUUUAGCGGCGUACGUGUCGUUUUUCUGGAUAAUUUCUUCAGUUGGAGCAGCUAAAAAAGAAGGGGACGACGACUGGGUUCAUCUUCCCAACAAAUGCGAAGUCUGUAAGUUUGUCAGCAUUGAGAUGAAGUCGGCGUUCGAUGAGACGGGGAAGACCAAAGAAGUGAUCGACAGGAACUACCGCUUCAUCGACAGCAAGGGGGCACCGCCAAUCAAAUACGUCAAGUCAGACCUCAGAUUCAUCGAGGUUGUCGAAAACGUGUGUCAGAGGCUGUUGGAGUACAAUCUGCACAAGGAAAGAACUGGUAGCAACCGCUUUGCCAAGGGUAUGUCAGAGACGUUCUCCACCCUUCACGGUCUGGUGAAUAAAGGAGUGAACGUGGUGAUGGACAUUCCCUUCGAGCUGUGGAACGAGACUUCAGCCGAGGUGGCCGACCUCAAGAAACAGUGCGAUGUGAUGGUGGAGCAGUAUGAGGACGUGAUUGAGGACUGGUACAAAGGAAGCCAAGAGGAAGACCUGACCACUUACCUGUGUGAGAAACACGUUCUUAAGGGACAGGACACAGCCUGCCUGGAUGAAAUGUGGACCUCACAGAAGAAGGGGGACCAGGCAGCCAUUGCAGAGGACAAGAAGAAGAAGAAAAAGAAGAAGGGAGGGAAGAAGGGAAAGGGUGAGGAAGGAGGAGAUGGAGGAGACGGCAGCUCAGAGGGAGAGAAGGCCGCCAAGAAGAAGAAAGAAAAGAAGGUGAAGAAGAAGAAAAAGAGCAAAGCUCCAGUGGAGAAGAUGGAUGGAGGGGUGUCGUCUGAUGAGGAGAUCCAGCCGCAGGUGCCUGUGUCUGGGCAGAAGACAGAGUUGUGAGCCCUGGUUUUUCUCUAGACCUGGAUCAGCUGUUGUAAACAAAACUAAACUCUUAGUAAAAACAUCUGAAGCUUCUGGAAACGACUUCAACUGUUGUCAAAACUGAGGUUGAGAUGUCAAACACAUGGCUGUAAAUAUGAGAAAUCAGCUGUGUGCUCGAGAAUCUUAACUAAUUAUCCAAACUAUCACAUCCUUAUUGUUUAAUUUAUCAUUUUUACGUUGUUACUGAAAUUUGCUGAAAUGGUCCUUUAUUACAACUUGACAAGAGACUACAAUAUUUGUAAUUUCAGUCGUUUCCAUUGAUUAUGAUAAUACUGUACUCACCAAGGUUAACUGCUGAGAUAUGGGAACAUGAGCAGUCAGAUAAUCUCACAGGUUGUAGACAGACAUGCAAAAUCCAAAUCACAGUGCUCGUCAAUUUAAAAACACACCUGUAGAAUUCAUCAAUUAAUCAAUCAACAGAAAAUUAACCAACAAUUUGAAUAGUUUAUGUCAUUUAUCAAGCAAAAAAUUCCAAACAUUAUGUGAUUACAGCUGAGCUCUGUGAAAUCGUUAUGGGCAUUUUAUAGGCUAAAAUAUGAAAUGAAUUAAUCUGGACAUUAUUAGCCGCUGAGAGACUCCAAAACUAGAGCACUACAGGGUCCAUCUUCUGUUAGACAGUGUUACCUGCCUUUUGGUAUUUGCAGAGCUGAAUGCAAACACGCAAAGUUUAAACCUGUGUGAAUAUUCUCAGAUGAUUCUUUCUUUCUUUCCUUCCAUGCUGCAGAAAUAAUGUGAAUUUCUGUUUCUUCCAUCUCUGCUGUUUUUAAAAACCUCAUAUUUACUGUAACAUUCAUGCCAGCUGAGAAAUGGGACUUUUUAAAUGAUCUGUAGGUUAAAGUUUCCGUUCAUGGAUCAGUGCUCCUGUACCACGAUGACAAAGGGAAAUUUUAUUGAACCUUACAUAGAUUUGCUUUUGCUUGUAAUAUUUCUCAGUGUUUAUAUCAGUAGAGGAAACGGACUCUCCAGAAUUCAUACCUUUAAAUUAUCUCAUGUGAUACAACAAAGAUUGGUACUUUUUUUUUUUUUUUAAACACCAGUGAUUUGUGUUGUAUUUUUUAAAUGUCAUAAUUUUCUUUGUGUUCUGUACAAAAGCUGCUAUUUAAGGCAUGUGUGUGUUUGCGUGUUGGGCUCCUGGGCUGAAAAUUAAGGUUUCUACAUGUGUUUUGCAUUUUUUCCAAGUGUGUGUGUAUGUGUGUGUUUUUACAGAUUUUUACUCUGAAGUAAAAGGCUGGCUGUGUUGGAUUGGAUUUGCUUUUUGAAACCACAAGCAGACACGUCAGUGGAUCAAUAAACACAGGUUUGGAAACUCUGGAAACAUGUUACGAAAAACUGAUCAUUUCCAGGUUUGAGGUGAAAUCGGAGUUAGUCAGCAGUUUGGUGUUUUUCUUAUUUCCAUUGUUUUCUCACAGUAAGUUUAUUAACAAUGAAAAUUCUCAAAGUAUUUAACAGUUGCAGUAAUUUUCUGCAAAUAACUCUGGGUGUUGUGUCUAACUCUGACCAGCAGAGGGAGACAGAGAGCCACUAGAAACAUGGACUUUUGGACACAAACAACAGACAGCCAACAUACCAUAUGAAAAGUAUUAUCAUAAUUACAUGUAAGACAUGUUAAAACAUUCAAUGAUUUGUUCCUUGUAGCUUGGAGAUUGUCGUUGUUGCAUUAACUUGGUGGUGAGAGAAGAUCUGACACAGAAAACAUCCAGAAAUCUUAGUCAAGUCAAAUUUAUUUCACAUUGCCCAGUAACACCAACCAUACAUUCACCUCUCAGUGUGAUAAUCUGCAGUAGGUGUCUGCACAGAACGGAGCAUACAGUCGAUUUCAACACAAACAAUCAGGAUGGCAAAGUUAUAGCUUAUGAACAUAAAUGAAGAUAUGACCUGGGUGUAUGUAUGCCAAGCAACUUCCAGGUGCCACCAACAGAUUUGACCUGAGCCACACUACACAAACUCACACGUGGCAAAACCAAAUCACAUCAUCACACAAACCCAACAUGAACUCAAGGGAGAGAGAGAGGGAUGAGAUCCGGAACGAUGAAAGCUACUUAUCGGUUUUUCCAAACUAGUCCAAGGUGUUUAUUUCAUUGAAUGAUGUAAUAAACCCGACGACUGUCAUAUAACAUUUAAUCAAUCAACAUCAGUUUCUUUCAUCAAAGUAUAAAAGUAAAGAGCAAUAAUGACAGUACUUACUUAAUCCAGGUUCUUCCUGCACAGCUCAGCAUGUGUCGAUUUACCGAAAAAAAAAAAAAAAAAGAAAGGUUAAUUUCAUCGAUGUAUUUAAAUUAACAGGACAGUUCAACACACACACACCAAUCAUUUCAAAAACACGUCUUUAUAAGAAAUAUCCUAAAGCCGAUUAGCAUGCAAUGAGCUACGUUAGCUUACGUCCGCGGAGCUAAUGCUAAUUUCGCUUUUCUGAAGGAGCGAAAACAUCCACAAUCUUUAACACGGUCUCAGAAAAAACAAAAGCACCGACAUGUUGUCACACUUUCAUACACUGCAUCUGAUAAAGUUCACUCGGAAACAUUCAGGCAGCCGAACAUACUCGGACAGACUUAAAAUUUCUGUGUGGACGCUCGCACAUACCUGCAGGGCUGUGACGCCGCCAUUAAGGUGCGCGCUGCCAACCGGAAGUGUUUAAUAACAGCAUCCGGGUGUACGGGGGGAAAAAAAAAAAUAAAGAAAAAGAAAAAAAAAAAAACAUUGAUUCCGUC